AUGGGGGUGCCUCUACUUCUCGACGUGCUCCGCAAGCCAGCAACCACGCUCGUCGUCGCUCUCUGCUCCUUCAUCUGGUUCCAGAUCCAGAAGCGCGCUAUAAGCUACCCCGACGUGGGGAUAAGCUACGACGCGGUUGUCUCGCACCGCCAGUUCUGGCGGCUUGCCUCCGCGCCACUCUCGCACAUCUCCCUCCUGCACCUCCUCUUCAACGUCUCCGCGCUCUGGAGCAUGGGCGCGAUCGAAACCAUAACCUCCGCUGACAUCAGCAGGGCUGCUGCUAUGGCCACUGUUGCUGGCGGUGGUGCCAAUGCGACGUCCAGCCAAUGGCAGUCCACCGUCUCUUCUGUGCCUCUAGCUCUCUCCUCUCCCUCCUCUCCCUCCUCUCUCCCUUCCUCCUCCUUCUCAUCCUCCUCUCAGCCUUCCUCCUCUCUGGAUCACAACAUUCCGCACUCUUCUAUUUCUGGCAACUCCAGCACUGAAGCCUUUCAGACUGGGGAAUUAAUUGUUCCCGCUGCUUUGGCAAGACGAGGACUGGGAGAAAUUUCCAACGCUGGUCCGAUUCAGGGGCAGCAGCACCAGAUCUCAACAGACGAGAAUGAUCGGAACCAACAGCAGCUGCUGCAGCCACAACAGCAGCAGGGUGACGAAGCAGCGUUACCAACAAACGAGCAGCGUCUGGUGGCAGGAUGGGAGCCAGGAGGGUCCAUCGGGUACCUGAGAGACUCCUUUCUCAUGCUGGUGCUGUCAGGGCUGCUGGGCCUAGCCAUGUACCACGUGCUCAUCCACAGGUGGCGCCUGGAGUAUUUCCGAAGAGUGACAGCAGUGGGGUACUCGUGUGUGGUGUUUGGGUGGAUGACGGUCAUCUCUGUGCGCCGCCCCGCCAUCACGCUCUCGGUGUUUGGGCUCAUCAAGCUGCCGGUGUCGCUCGCCCCGUUUGAGUCGCUCAUCUUCACGUCCUUCAUCGUUCCAAAGGGAGGGGUAUACGGCGCGGUGCUGGGCGUUCUAGGGUACUAUUCCAAGGAGAGUGAGUUAAUCCGCGGCGCGAACGCGCUCUACAGGGCGGUGACGCGUCAGGCUGACGACGAGAUGUUCUUAAGAGGUGGGCUGUGGUCAUCCCUCGGCCUCCCCUCGCAGUUCCGCACGCACCACGCGCUGCUCGUGCUGCACACGUGGCUGGCGCUCCUGCGCCUGCGCAAGGAGGGCGCGCAGGGGGCGGCGGUGGGGCAGACGUUCUACGACACGUUCAAUCACGACGUGGAGCGGCGCGUGGUGGCGGCGGGGGUGAAAAUGCUCGUCAGCAAGUGGAUGCGCGAGCUCGAGCGCAGUUUCUAUGGCGCAGCAGCGGCCUAUGAUGCUGCUGUUGCACCGGGUGCUAACGCUGAUGCGCUCUCCAAGGCCCUCUGGCGCAAUGUGUUUGCAGAGGACGCGUCUGACAUGCCCUCCGGCCCUGCAGCUGCUCCCGUGCAGGCUUUGACGCGUUACGUGCGGCUCGAGCUCGCCUCCCUUGCACUCACAGUUGAGGCGUCAGCAGGCCACCCAUGUGAUUAA